AUGUGUACUACAUUUUUACUACUAAUAUUCCCACUUCUUCCCCGUGCUUCGAAUGCGCAUUUCGGACCAAAGCAUAUAAGAGAACCAUCGUCUCCUUUCUACAACACUGUUCGCAAUGUUCACGUACCAUUGGAAUAUGAUUGUGCUCUUCGUGAUUUUACCAUUGAAAUGGUAAACUACAUUGCACCAACAUCUUUCAAAGCCAACUGGACAACUCUCGCACAAAGCGCUCUGCAAAUCAAUCAAUGUCACAACACAUCACACUCUUUUCAUUCACCACUACUACUACCAACAUCUGCAUCAACGAACGCCAACAAACUCAAAACAUCCUGUCAUCACUCCAUCUUUGUUCACCAUUCACAAGGAAACGACGCAUUUCAUGGAUCCUUUCAGCAACCCAUGAAAACCAUUCAAGCUGCGCUUCAUCGAGCUCGUCUUCAUCGUCAAAACACUCAAACAACACUCUGCAUCAUCAUCCGAGCUGGCACUUACUAUCUCGGUACCAACGCCUCUGCAUCAACAACUUCCAGCCAACGAGGUGUCAUUGCACUGACGAGCAAUGACAGUAACAUCGUCAUUGAAAACUAUGAAGAUGAACGCGUUGUUCUGAGUGGUGGCACACUACUCGAUCUCAAAUGGUCAGUUCAUUCGAAGACAUCGACAGGUGCAAGCAUCAUGAAAGCACAGAUUCCAUCGUGGGUGAAUGUUGAUGAGUUCAAUGAGUUGUAUGUGGAUGAUCGACGAGCGAUUGUUGCCAAGUAUCCGAACGGUGAUCCAUCUACUCAAGGGCUGUAUGCAAAAGAUGCAGGGUUUUCGUAUGAUUCUCAAAGUUGGAUUGCACCAGUUCGCCGAUCGAGUGUUGAAAUUCACGUGGAAGAUCCCUACCGAAAUGGUACGGUGUUUCCUCAUUAUCAACUUGGUGUCGGUGGUGGUGCAUCAGUGUUUGAUCCACCGACGAACUUCUGGAGUACAGCAUCGCCUCCACAAGGUGACAAUUAUGUUGUUCCUCGUGGCCUAGUCGUCAAGGCCAAUGCUCUUCCUCAUCUCCCUCAGUGGUCGAACGCGUCCACUGGCUUCGUUCAUGCAUUCCACUCGGGCUACUGGGGUAGUUGGAUUUUUCAGAUUGCAUCGGCUAAUAGUUCACAGAAUACCAUCAUGUUCGGUCGAGGUGGUUUUCAAGAAGCGCGUGGCUCGAGCGCAGGUGGUGCAUUCUAUGUGUCGAAUGUCUUCGAAGAACUCGAUUCAGCAAACGAAUGGUUUCUGGACAAAAGUACUCGCACUCUCUACUUCAUGCCCAAUCAAAGCAUGCCCACCGUGUUCGUUGCCAGUCAAGUGCCGUGUAUUGUCUCAUCUGAUCUUUACACAAACAAGCAACACUUACAUGAGAGAGUACAUGAAACAAGUGAUCAUGGUCCAAUCAACACGUGGGCUCGUCAAGUGUAUUUAUCAGAUGGUGCAGAAGCAGGUGUGCCUUCCGUUUGGCAGCAUACAAGCUAUAUUCAUCACAACCUUCUCUUCAACAACUACCGUUCAGUGUGGCCAAUUGAUCACGAUGACGGUAGUUGCUUUUACGAAGACAGUUAUAAUUUUCAAGUUUAUGGUGGAAAGAAGAAUUAUUUAGGUCAUUCAAAGAUAGAUCAUCAUGAGAUUUAUGUCUAUUCGGAUUGUAGUAAUGGUGGUUUUGGUAGCAAUAACUGUCUGAACAAUUAUGGUGCUCAACGUGGGUCUAGCGGUUGGGAUGAAACUUGGAUUCAAAACACGUGCUUACUCUCCAACAGUACAAUACCUUACAACCUUGAUGGUUGCGAUACUGCCAAUCUCUAUGUGCCGUAUACAGCAUCGAACAAGAUUUAUAUACCAUCAACGAUUGAAGUCACUUUCAUUUGUAAAGUUAAUGGUACUCGUGCACAACUUAAUUUGCAACAAUGGCAGUCGUAUGGAUUAGAUCUAGGUACUACUGUUGAAUUCACGCCCGACGUGCAAACAAUUAUUGAAUGGGGUCGUCAGAUGUUACAGGGACAAGAACGUUUUCGAAACGAAAAUUAA